ACAAACCCCAUAAAAGCUCUUUUUCUUCCUCUUUCUCUCUUCUCACUCACUCACACCGAAUCUGUCUCAGAGAAGAACGAAGUAGGUGAAAGUCGCCGCCGAGAAAACUCAGUUUCACCGAUGAUCACAUCAUACAUGCAAGAUAACCCAUCAAUGUUUGGGUUUCGAGCUUCCAAGUUCAUACUCUCUGUUCUCGUCUUGAUCCAGCUUCUCCCUACUCAACUCCUUGCUCAAAGAUCCAAAUCUCCAUGGCAGACACUCACUGGAGAGGCUCCUCUCAUCAUUGCACGUGGUGGGUUUUCUGGGAUGUUUCCAGAUUCAAGCUUCAAUGCUUACAGUUUCGUAGCGUCGACGAGUGCUCCCGACGCUGUCUUGUGGUGUGAUGUGCAGCUCACAAAGGAUGGAGUUGGGAUUUGCUUCCCUUAUGUGACCAUGUACAAUGAUUCUAACGUCCGAGAUGCUUACCCUAAAAAUAAAAACUCUUACCUUCUUAAUGGAGUCCUUACUCAGGACUGGUUCACCGUUGAUUUCACCUCCAAGGAUCUGAACACUGUCUUCUUGACCCGAGGAGUAUUAUCACGGUCAAAUGCAUUUGAUAACAACCAAAACGUGAUUUCGACGGUUCAAGACGUAGCUACAGAGUUCAAACCUGCGGGGUUUUGGUUGAAUGUUCAGCACGACGCUUUCUACACGCAACACAACCUUAGCAUGAGCAGCUUUCUGCUAUCAGUAUCCAAAACUGUGAUCAUUGACUACCUAUCUUCCCCUGAGGUGUCUUUCUUCCGGAACAUCGGUGCCCGGUUUGGUAAAACCGGACCAAAGUUUGUGUUCCGGUUUCUAGACAAAGAUGACGUUGAGGUGUCAACUAACCAGACGUAUGGAGCUCUCAUGAGAAACCUAACAUUCAUCAAGACGUUUGCUUCAGGUGUUCUUGUUCCCAAGUCUUACAUAUGGCCGGUGAAAGAUCAGUACUUGCUUCCCCAUACAUCGUUUGUCCGAGACGCUCACAAAGCAGGGUUAGAAGUAUAUGCAUCAGGUUUUGCAAAUGAUUUUGAUAUUGCAUACAACUACAGUUAUGAUCCGUUAACUGAGUACUUAUCAUUCAUGGACAAUGGGGACUUCUCUGUGGAUGGUUUUCUAUCUGAUUUUCCCUUAACCGCAUCGUCAGCUGUUGACUGUUUCUCCCAUCUUGGAAGUAAUGCUUCAACACAAGUGGAUUUUCUUGUUAUAUCGAAAAAUGGAGCAAAUGGUGACUACCCUGGCAGCACUGACUUGGCCUAUACAAAGGCUAUCAAAGACGGUGCUGAUAUCAUCGAUUGUGCGGUUCAAAUGUCAUCUGACGGGAUCCCUUUUUGCUUAAACUCAACCAAUCUUGGAGAGAGCAUGAACAUUUUCCAAACUCCUUUCAGAAACCGCUCAACAACUGUUCCUGAGUUUAACUCACUUGCUGGACUAUACAGCUUUAAUUUGGCAUGGUCUGAGAUUCAGACCUUGACACCUGCUAUUUCAAACCCCUACAGCAGGAAUUUUCACAUGUUUAGGAAUCCGAGGGAGAGAAGUUCAGGGAAGCUUGUUUCACUCUCCGAGUUCCUGAACUUGGCGAAUAACUCCAGCUCACUAGUUGGUGUUUUGAUCAACGUUGAGCAUGCAGCGUACCUGAGAGAGAAGCAAGGACUCGACGUCGUUAAAGCAGUUCUAGACACACUCAAAGAAUCUGGUUACAGCAACGCGACCAAAAGGGUUAUGAUUCAGUCGUCUAACAGCUCAGUCUUGGUCGACAUCAAGAAACAGAGCCGGUACGAGACAGUGUACCAAGUGGAAGAAACAAUCCGCGACAUCCAAGACUCUGCUAUCCAAGACAUCAAGAAGUUCGCUGACGCUGUUGUCGUUGGAAGAUAUUCGCUCUACCCGGUCAGCGCUAGCUUCAUCACCGGUCAGACUAAUCUGGUGGAGAGGCUACAGAAGUUUAAGCUUCCGGUUUACGUUGAAACGUUCCGGAACGAGUUUGUCUCUCAGGCGUAUGACUUCUUCUCUGAUGCGACUGUGGAGAUAAACACGCAUGUUACUGGAGCUGGUGUCAGUGGAACCAUCACUGAGUUCCCUCUCACUGCCGCGAGAUACAAAAGGAACAGGUGUGUAGCCCGGAAAGACACGCCUGUUUACAUGAUCCCGGUUCGGCCAGCUGGCUUGUUAGAAAUUGUGAGUCCUACUUUUUUACCCCCAGCUGAAGCACCAAACCCGGUUUUCACUGAUGCUGAUAUCACUGAACCACCACUACCUCCGGUCACAGCCAAAGCUCCAACCACCAGCCCUGGACCUUUAUCAACAGGUCAAAAAGUUCCUAACGGACAAACCAGAGUCACUCUUUCUUUAAUCCUUUCUGCAUUCACUACGGUUCUUGCCUCUCUUCUACUUAUGUGAUCACUAUUGACUGAGUCCUCAGAAACUUGUUACCUCCUAACGGUUCUUGAGAUUCUUGAUUUCUAUUGGGGUUUUGGUUUGUUCAUAUUCUUAGUUAUCAUGUGGAUUUGUUGUGUAGCAUAAUUCACUGUAGUGUUCUUUAAGACUCUGGUGUGCUUUGUAGUAUUUAUGAGAUUAUAUCAUUGUUAGUAUAUAAA